AUGAUUGAUGUUCAUGCCGUCAGAAUAGGUGAGAACCGACUGGUUGGCAGACGAGACUUCGAUAAAGUGAAAUUGGACAAGGAAGGUUUUGAAAAAGUGCGCACCAUUCACUACAAUUGGUAUCUGCAUUCCAUAAAGGCAAUCAUGGGGCAGCUUGGAAAAGACGUGCUUCCUAAACUGAAGCCGAGUAGCCGAAAACAAUUCUUGCGAUGUCUAAACAGCAUUGUCGACAAGAGAGAUUUGGUGAGCGCUGCAAAGUGCCUUAUCGAAGCCAAGGAGAAGCUGGAUCACGAGAAAAUGCAUCGUACCAAAUUCUCGAUGUCAAUGGUAAAGGAAGACAGAAAAUCAAAGUGGAUGGACAGCUACAAAAAUCUUCUCAGCAUCAAAAAAGCCCUUGAUGAGCGAGCAAAGCAGCCUGGAGCAAAGGUUAGAAUUGUUGAAUGA